GUAAGGUAGAAUAAUUGUUCAGCUUGAGCUAAGCACUUAAGGUAAUGCACAUCUGGUCAGUCUGAUCGAUUUGCAAGCCGCUUGUAUGCGGUUCCAAUUGACAGGGAAUAUGUGAUGAGAAAUCACGUCAUUCCACCUCAAUUUCCUGAGAUAAUUUGAGUUUUUUUAGUUUCCAGGUGUCUCAAAUGACGAGUAACAGAACUGCAGCAUCCGAUCUAUAAUUCACCUGCUGCGUCCUGUGCAUGUUUUAAUGUGUCAAAAACAGAGGUGUGAAGAUUACCAAAAAGUAUGAAUGUUUUUUUUUUAUUAGUAAUUUCCCCAAUGUAUCCACCCCUCCCCACCACAGUAUAGACCCACCUGAUCAUCUUCCAGCCUUGAGGGGUUGCCAUGCACCUGUGAGCAUAUAAGAGAGCAGAGCUCAUUCAGAAAAUAAGAGAGAACAAGAGAAAGAGAGAGAGAGAUCCAUUCACACAAGCCAGUAAAAAAAGUGCAAACCCAGAGCAGUGGAGGUGAGCUUGGUGAGAGCUGGAGACCCAAAGAAGAGUCAAAAGAGGAGAUUCAGAACCAUGGAAAUCAUCUAUAAAUUCAGAAAGAUGCUCUGUCCUUCCUGGCUUUUGGCUGCAGCAGUCUUGUGUUUUCACAGUCCAUAUGUAGAUGGCCGCUGCUUGGAUCUGAUAGACUGCAUGGGCCUUAAAACUAAUGAACAAAAACUGCAGUGUAUCAGGCAGUGCAGACCAGCACAAGAAUCCUCCAAUUACAGGAGAGUUUCUUCAUCUGAACAGCAGAACAGUGAAGAAGAGGUUGAGGAAGAGAGCCUGAGUUUGGGUUUGCUCUUAUCGGCUCUGUCUCCUGAUUCAACCGAGCUCAGAGACGCUACUGGAGAAGCCCCUCACAACGACGAGAGGAGGUCUUACUCCAUGGAGCACUUCCGCUGGGGCAAACCCAUGGGCCGCAAACGCCGACCCGUCAAAGUGUUCACCAGCGGCGCCCUGGAGGAGGAGCCCGAGGAGUCGGAGGAAAGCGUCCGCGUGGAGCGAGGGCAGAGCGGCAUGCUGGACGUCCAGCAGAGGAACAGUGCAAAGAGCAAAGGAAAGUAUCGCAUGACCCAUUUCCGCUGGAACGCCCCACCUGACAAGCGCGACGGAGGCUUCAUGAGGCCGUAUUCUGAUCAAUCCCAUAAGCCCCUGCUCAUGCUCAUACGAAACGUCUUUGUUAAAGACGCACAACAGUUCAGAGAUUAAGAGAGGAGAGAAUGGACAGAAUUUUUGAUGUCAAAACAUUUAAAUGUGUAACAUGCAACUUUAAUUAAAAAAAAAAAAAAAAAAAAACCUGGCAGAACCAAAAAGACAGGAUAUGAAACAUUGUCCGAUGCAGAAAAAAAUAAACAAAAGAGUCACUUAUAUAUUAAAUUCAGGAUAAAUCACAUGACUAUGAAAGGCACAUUACUUGACAUUUAUAAUUAAUUUAUAUACUCGACACAAUAACUGUCACCUCUGGGAUUUAAGAAGUAAAGAUAUUCAGAAAUGCCAGGUAUUUGUUUACCUGAGACAGUUUUACUGUAAUAUACUGUACAUGAAAUACAUUAAAAUGAAUUUGCAAUGUUGUCUGCUGUGGAUUUCUGUGUUUGGAUGUUAAGUCCAGUUUGUGGACUGAUCUGAAUUGAUUCAUGUUGGAAGCAGAAAAAAGUUCACACAAAAUUGAAAAUUCUGACAUUAUUUAAUUUCCAAACCUAUACGAGUUUCUAUUUUCAGUUGAACACGAACAAUGUUAACCAAUGUCUUCUAUA